CAUCACAAAUACCAAACCAUCAACCACCAUCUCUCUGAGACUCAACCGCGCCUGCACGUAAUCGCAAAUCGUGCCAUCCUCAGGACGCGGUUUGCUUUCAUAGCACUUCGAUCUUGCGCUUAGUUGAUGAAUAAGGCUUUGCGCCCAGAGAACUGAUGCGCCCGCCCACCGUCGGUGGCGAUUUCUAAGCCUGCUCAGGUCGCCUCCAAGCGACGUCCAGUGCAUCGGUGUUGAAGUUAUCUAACCCCUCCUUGCGCAGGUGAUUCUGAACUGUGCUUCUGCACCUUCUAUUCGCACAGCGAGCAACCGACUCCCUCGCUUUCGAACGUCCAUCCUUUCGUUUACCGCACCCUCGAUUUCGAAGUCCGAGUUCCCAAACCGCCUCGACUUCUUAGCUCAGAAUGACCGACUACGCGACCCAAGGUCAAUAUGGCGAGUACGCUGAUACGUACGAAAAUGAGGACAACUAUGAAAAUGGGACCGGCUUUGAUGAUGGCACGGGCUUCAGUCCCGAUGACAGCAUCACGCCCGAAGACUGCUGGGAGGUCAUUUCUGCCUAUUUUGACAUGAAGGGCCUGGUGUCGCAGCAGAUCGAUUCGUUCGAUGAGUUCACGUCAACCACUAUACAAUCUCUCGUCGACGAAUAUGCCGACCUUACACUGGACCACCCCAAUCCCGGUGAUGACAGCGGCCGAGACGUCGUGAUGCGCAGAUACGACGUCCACUUCGGGAACGUUAUGAUUUCUAAGCCGACGCUUACGGAGGCCACCGGCGAAACCACCUGUCUCUUGCCUUACGAGUGUCGGGACCGUAAUUUGACCUACUCUGCGCCUAUGUUUUGCAGAGUCGAGAAGCGCGCCCGCCUUGCGAUAAACGAGCCGAUCCCUCUUAACGAGAUGGACGACGAGCAGCAGGAGCAUCUCAAACAGUUUGGCGAGCACCCGAAAGCGCUCCGGUGGGAAGAAGAGGACACCGGGCCACGAGAGGGUCCGUCAAAGGGAGGUGAUGACGAAGAGAAGGGGGAUUUAAUUUUCCUUGGCAAGCUCCCUGUGAUGGUCAAAUCGCGGGUGUGUCAUCUGCGCGAUGAAGACGACGACUCGCUCUUUUCGCUUAACGAAUGCCCGUACGACCAGGGUGGCUAUUUCAUUAUAAAUGGCAGCGAGAAGGUCUUGAUCGCGCAGGAGCGCUCGGCUGCGAAUAUCGUGCAGGUGUUCAAGAAACCGCCAGGAGGCAACGUUUCAUACCAGGCCGAGAUCCGCUCCGCGCUGGAGAAAGGCUCACGGCUCAUCUCGUCCCUGCAGAUGAAGCUGCACAGCAAGGCCUCGCCCGACAGGGGAAGGCUAGCGAACACCGUCAGCGUCACUCUCCCCUACGUUCGGGAAGACAUCUCUUUGGUCAUCGUUUUCCGCGCCCUUGGUGUUGUCUCAGAUGAGGACAUUCUGAACCACAUCUGCUACGAUCGGACGGACACGCAGAUGCUCGAGGCGCUGCGCCCGUGCAUCGAGGAGUCGUUCUGCAUCCAGGACCGCGAAAUCGCCCUGGACUUCAUCGGCAAGCGCGGAAACGGUAACACUGGACAGAAUCGAGCGAACCGCAUCCGUGCGGCCAAGGACCUCCUUCAGAAGGAAAUGCUGCCUCACAUCUCGCAAACUGAGGGUUGCGAGACGAGAAAGGCCUUUUUCCUCGGCUACAUGGUCCACAAGUUGCUUCAAUGUGCCCUAGGUCGGCGUGACACGGAUGACCGUGACCACUUCGGCAAGAAGAGACUGGAUCUUGCGGGGCCUCUGCUUGCGAAGCUGUUCCGUGGUGUCGUUCGUCGCGUCACCCAGGACUUGAUGUCGUACAUGAAGCGCUGCAUUGAAACGAACAAGAACUUCUCGCUCGCCCUGGGCAUUAAGUCUGCGACAAUCACAAACGCACUGAAGUACUCGCUGGCGACAGGCAACUGGGGCGAGCAGAAGAAGGCCAUGAGCUCUACCGCCGGCGUGUCGCAAGUGCUGAAUCGAUACACGUUCGCGUCAACACUGUCGCACUUGAGGCGGACGAACACGCCUAUUGGGCGCGACGGCAAGCUGGCGAAACCCCGCCAGCUUCACAAUACCCACUGGGGCCUGGUCUGCCCGGCAGAAACGCCAGAAGGUCAGGCUUGCGGCCUCGUCAAAAACUUGUCGCUCAUGUGCUACGUGAGUGUUGGCACGCCCGCAGAACCCAUCAUCGAGUUCAUGAUCGCCCGGAACAUGGAGGUGCUCGAGGAGUACGAGCCGCUCCGGUAUCCCAACGCCACCAAGGUGUUUGUCAACGGCACCUGGGUUGGCGUUCACCAGGAUCCCAAGCAUCUGGUCUCAUUGGUCCAGGGUCUUCGGAGAAAGAACAUCAUCUCCUUCGAGGUUUCGUUGGUGAGGGACAUUCGCGAUCGUGAAUUCAAGAUCUUCUCUGAUGCGGGCCGUGUGAUGAGGCCGCUCUUCACCGUCGAACAAGAAGACAACAGCGACAGCGGUGUCGAGAAGGGCCAACUGCUCCUGAAGAAGGAGCAUAUCCUGGAGCUGGAGAAGGAUAAAGAACGGGGCAAAUACGAUCCCGACUAUUGGGGAUGGAAGGGUCUGCUGAAGUCGGGUGCCAUCGAGUACCUGGACGCAGAGGAGGAAGAAACGGCCAUGAUCUGCAUGACUCCGGAGGACCUCGACAUGUAUCGGCUCACCAAGUUGGGGUUCAGCGUGGACGACACUUCAGGUCAGGGCAACACCCGAAUCAGAACGAAGACAAAUCCGACCACGCAUAUGUACACACAUUGCGAGAUCCACCCAAGCAUGCUGCUCGGUGUAUGCGCCAGCAUCAUUCCGUUCCCGGACCAUAAUCAGUCUCCGCGGAACACCUACCAGUCUGCUAUGGGGAAGCAGGCUAUGGGUUUCUUCCUGACAAAUUACUCUCGCCGCAUGGAUACGAUGGCGAACAUCCUUUAUUAUCCUCAGAAGCCACUGGCGACGACUCGGUCGAUGGAGUUCCUUAAAUUCCGCGAGCUUCCGGCCGGGCAGAAUGCCAUCGUCGCCAUCGCAUGUUAUUCCGGCUACAACCAGGAAGACUCUGUAAUUAUGAAUCAGAGCAGUAUCGACCGCGGUCUUUUCCGCAGUCUCUUUUUCCGGUCGUACACCGACUGCGAGAAACGCGUGGGGAUUAAUAUCGUGGAGAAGUUUGAGAAGCCCAACAGGAGCGACACGCUGCGUCUGAAGCACAGCACGUACGAGAAGCUUGACCCAGACGGCAUCAUCGCUCCGGGCACCCGCGUCUCAGGCGAUGAUAUCAUCAUUGGCAAGACGUGCCCUAUCAACCCUGACAAUGCUGAGCUGGGCCAGCGAUCCACUCAGCACGUUAAACGCGAUGCAUCCACGCCGCUACGCCCGACCGAGAGCGGCAUUGUCGACCAGGUCAUUCUGACGACUAACCAGGAUGGCAUGCGCUACGUCAAAGUCAGGGUGAGGACGACCAAGAUCCCACAGAUUGGAGACAAGUUCGCGUCGCGCCACGGCCAGAAGGGUACCAUUGGCGUCACGUAUCGGCAGGAGGAUAUGCCCUUUACAUGCGAGGGCAUCACGCCCGAUAUCAUCAUCAAUCCUCACGCCAUCCCGUCUCGUAUGACCAUCGCCCAUUUGAUCGAGUGCUUGCUCUCCAAGGUGGCCACGCUCAAGGGCAUGGAGGGCGACGCGACGCCCUUCACCGACGUUACGGUCGACUCCGUCUCGACCCUCCUCCGCGAGCACGGCUACCAGUCGCGCGGCUUCGAGAUCAUGUACCACGGCCACACGGGCCGGAAGCUGCGCGCCCAGGUAUUCUUCGGCCCCACGUACUACCAGCGUCUGCGGCACAUGGUGGACGACAAGAUCCAUGCGCGCGCGCGCGGCCCGCUGCAGAUCAUGACGCGGCAGCCGGUAGAGGGUCGUGCGAGGGACGGCGGGCUGCGCUUCGGAGAAAUGGAGCGCGACUGCAUGAUCGCGCACGGCGCGGCCAGCUUCUUGAAGGAGCGGCUGUUUGAAGUGUCUGACGCAUUCCGCGUGCAUAUUUGCGAGAUUUGCGGGCUCAUGACGCCGAUUUCAAACUUGACCAAGCAGUCAUUCGAGUGCCGCCCCUGCAAAAACAAGACCAAGAUCGCGCAGGUACACAUCCCGUACGCUGCCAAGCUGCUCUUCCAGGAGCUUAUGUCCAUGAACAUCGCCGCGCGCAUGUUUACCAGCCGGUCGGGUAUCACGGUGCGCUGAGGGGACGGAGCUGGGAGUCCGUAUGGAUGGUUUCCUAGGAUCGGGGAGAACAAAAGCGGGAGGAUAUCAUACCAUAACUCUGCGUGCAUUUGAGGGUCGUUUCGGCGUUUCGUUUUCCUUUUUCUCUUAAACCUUGCGGGGUGGUCUAACUGAGGCAUUCUACCCCAGCCUUUGGUUUAGUACCUGCAUGAUUUUGCAAGAGGUGACUUUUGGCCGCUUGGUUGCGCACUGGCGCUGGGAGAAUAGCUCAUUGGCGGUGGUUCCGUAUGGUUCUUUAGAGGAGGGUGUGAGCCGGGAGGGGGAAAGAAGUUGUGGCUGUAAUGUAGUUAGAUACCGGAGCAUAGAUGGCCCGGCCGCUUCUUACGCGGUUUUGUACAAUGGCUGGAGAU